AUGGCAAAGCCGUUCUGUCUCCGUGCAGCAUCUGCUUCAACGGCAUACGCGCGAUUGCGGAUGCAGCAAGACAGGUACCCGGCGCACGAUCGAGCGUACAUAACGACCGGUACAUCCGAGAGGAACUAUGGAUCAGGGAACUUGCAAGUAGGUUGCAGCAUGAAGGAUGCUUUCUCGGUAACCAAUAUCCAUCCCACAAUCUGCGAUCCAUGGUCCAAGGGAUCAUUCUACCGAAUAACAACAAAAUCGUGCGCAGGUCGCCGACGGCGCCCGCGCCUCUACCAGCCACAGACGUAUGCGCUUUGCGUAGGCUCUUUGCUGGAGGCCUGUCGCUCAACACUGCACGUGCUGCUUUUCCCUCUGUGUGUGAUGCGGAAACGACGCAGCAGUUUAGGUUUCGUUGAGAAUGUCUGCCUUGUGUCGGGCGUCGGGAGCGUCACGCGCUGGAGCGCUCGCGCUUCAUCCCAGCGUGCCACCUCGGAAGCGCUGGUGUUUCGUCAGCCACGUGUUAGGGUUACUCGGCAACCGUCGAGGCGCUUGCGGCACCCUUUGGAUGGCACUGGUGCGGGACUGCGGGGCGCACAGCACAUGCACUGUGUUUCAAGGCUCACGGAGCGGUCCCUGGCUGUGAUUCAUCCAGGGAGCGCUCUGCAGACAGUGCGCCAAGUGCUCACGACGCUCCUGGUCGCGUGCAGCUCGGACGCUGCUGUUGUCACCGCUGCAAUAGUUUGUCUCUCCGUGUACUUGUCGUUGCACGUUAACCAAGCACGCCGGGCCGAAAUCGCGCAGAACAGGCCAACCGACGGCCACGCUCAACGGCAUGCACCUGGACUCUCAGAUAAAGCGACCGCUAGACUAGUAGCAAUAGAGAUAGGACGUUCGAGCCGAACACUCUAUGUUGACAAGGGCCCGCUGGAUACAACAGCCUCAGAGCGAUUGCUGCUGGCUAUAUCGGACGCAAGCUCCUUUCGCGCACGCGGAAGAAAUGUAUGGCGCGCUCUCGUGGGGUCGCUCUUGCCGGAGGGAUUCGGCGACAAGACACGCUUCCCGCCCGUUGUUUCAGAUGACUACCUGCCGUAUACCGUCCUUCACUUUAUGCAGAACCUCGUCCACGCUGCAGCGUCAGUCAUUGCGACGCAGUCGAUGCUGAUUGCCAUCGGCGUCGCCAAGCAGGCCACCAUCGGCGUCUCCGCUGCAGUGCAGUGGGUUCUCAAGGACGGGCUUGGGCGCAUCGCUGCGAUCAUCUUCGGUUCGCUUCUGGGGAACCGCUACGACGCCGAUCCGAAGCGUUGGCGAAUGCGCGGCGAUAUGUUGUACACGCUGGGUGUGGGCACGGAGAUCGCCACGCGCCUGGUACCGCAGUACUUUCUGCUGGUAGGCACCAUGGCAAAUGCCAUCAAGUCCGUAUCCUAUAUGAUGCGAUUGCCAACAGCUGCCGCCAUUCGGAGGCAUUUCUCCUUACGGGAAAACUUUGGUGAUCUAUCUGCAAAGGCGAAUUCGCAGGAGGUUCUCAGCAUGUUGCUGGGUACUUUUGUAGGCAUCGGCCUAUCCUACAUGAUCGACAAUAGUCUGAAGGCUCUCUUUGCAUUCUACAUCAUUUAUGUACAGAUGUUCAUUCUUUUUAACUACUGGUCACUUCGCGUUUUGCGGAUGCGGACGCUGAACUUGCAGCGAACGCUCAUUGUCAUGAGGCGCUACUGGAACUCGGGUGGCGUUGAAACCUGCUCAGUGGCGAUGGCGAACCAGGCGGAGAACUUUCUACUGCCAUCGCGUUUGGGGCCCGCCCGCAGAGUGCGUUUCGGGUGUCGGCUGGGGGAAGCAUUUCGAACGGUAGGCGAAUUCGAAGAAGCGAUUGCCAGGCAGCGAUUAUGGCGAGGACAGUACCUCCAACAAACAGAUGUCAGCAAGCGAAACGGCAAUGCAGAUGCUGACUUCACCAGUGUACCGGAUGAUGUACUCGAUGAGCGCUAUUUGCUCGGCGUAGAUGCAAAGCGUGGCCGAGUCUUCGUUGUCCUGCACCGGGACGCCAAAGUUGCAGAUGAGCUGCAAGCGCUCAUGCAUGCGACCUACUUGGUGCGUGCUGACUGGGGCCCGCCUCCCGACAUGUCCAUAGACAGGGUACGUGACGGCUACUUGCUGGCAUGUGCAGAGACACCAGUCCUGGUUCAGCGCAUGCGAGCAGUCGGUUGGAAUGUGGACGAAUUUGUGCACGCAGGCGGAGAGCGGGCAAGAGCCAUCUGGGGAACGGAAAUCGAACAGCUCGGCACAGCCGCUGCCGACGUCGAGCACCCGACGUCUGCGCUGACGCGCCUGCUUCAUCCGGCAGUCACGAAGCAACCCUCAUCGGUAGGUUCGUACGAGCUUCUCACGACCGUUCAGGAAUCAGCAGAGGCGACGGCAGCGGAGGAGUCGCUUGCCAUGUCGCCAUGGGGCCCUACGUUCCCCGAAGUGUCCUUCGGGUCCGAACUGGAUAUCGUAUCUUGA